UCUGAUGUUUGUUCGCGGUCACUAUCGCUUCACUCGGUCAACAUUGAAUCAACAUUAAACUCAACUAACAGAGAAACAUCAUGUCUGUGGCGUUUGCAUCGCACCGGCAGCGCGCUAAAAGCGAUAUAACUCCCGCGGGAAUUCAGAAGUUACUGGAUGAAAACAAUCAGUUGAUUCAGUGCAUCAUGGACUUUCAGAGUAAAGGAAAAACAGCUGAAUGCUCACACUACCAGCAAAUGCUGCACAGAAAUCUGGUGUAUCUGGCCACAAUAGCAGACUCGAAUCAGAACAUGCAGUCCCUGCUGCCUGCGCCACCUACUCAGAACAUACCCAUGAAUCAAAGCGGGGCCCCUUCACAGCCCCCUCACGGUCACAGUUUGCCCCCAGAGGGUCCACCGGCCCCACACAUGCAGAACCAGAUGAAUGGGCAGAUGCCUGGUCCUAACCAUAUGUCCAUACAGGGCCCUGGCCCCAAUCAGACGCCGAGCAUUCCCAGUGGCUCCAUGAACAUGCAGCCCAGCAGCCAUGGCUCCAUUGGGGUGUAUAACCACACUGCACCCUCCUCACAGAGCUUGCCAUCACAGGGACAGAUGAACAUGAGUCAGGGGCAACCCAUGGGCAGUUACGGCCCUCGACCCAACAUGAACAUGCAGCCUAAUCAGGGGCCCAUAAUGCACCAGCAAGCUCCACCUCAACAGUACAACAUGCCUCCUGCAAGCGGCGGUGGGCAGCAUUACCAGGGUCAGCAGAACCCCAUGGGCAUGAUGGGUCAGGGCAAUCAUGUGAUGGGCCAGAGACCAAUGCCGCCCUACAGACCACCACAUCAAGGACCACCUCAGCAGUACCCCGGUCAGGAUGAAUACUAUGCAGAACAAUACAGUCAUGGAGGACAGGGGGCACCAGAGGGAAACGCUCAGUAUGGUCAGCAGCAGGAGGCAUAUCAGCAGGGUCCAGCGCAGCAGCAGGGUUACCCACAACAGCAGCAGUACCCCACACAGCAGGGUUAUCCUGGACAACCGCAGGGAUACGGUUCAUCUCAGGGUGCUCAAGGUCAGUACCCAAACUACCCCCAGAAUCAAGGGCAGCAGUAUUCAGCCUACAGACCACCACAGCCCGGACCACCACAGGGACAGCCACAGCGCCCCUAUGCAUUUGACCAGGGUCAGUAUGGAAACUACCAGCAGUAAAUUCAGAGUGCUUGACAUCCAGUCGGAGUGUGUCCUGUAAUUUGCUGUGUGUGACCUAAAGGGCUUGUGCUCUCUUUUAAACUCCCUGUACAUCACCUGUGAAGAGCGGAAACUUCCCCGCUCAUGCAGACUGAACUCUAAAUGUGGCCACAAACUCUCAAUAGUGAUUGGCUUGAUUCUCAGCACAGAUGGUCUAAAUGUGAAUUGUCACUUUACAGCAUUAGGAAAGUAAAACAGAAUUUCCUGUCAACAUUUAUCAGCAUCUUUGAGUUUCAUAGAGACGCCAUCUCAUAGCAGCAAUGCCUUAAAUGAUACAGCUGCAUUAUUUACAGAAAAUAACACAGCAAUGCUCAUAACCUGCAGAAUGUGUUUUGUUUCUCUAAUAAAGUUCAUCAUGUGAUUUCCAAGCCCCUUCUGCCAAUAUCAUAGAUGCAAUAAUGCUGGAGGCAUUUUUUUUUACAUUUCAGGUUCAAAACCAUGCUAUGAUGUAUAAAAGUAUUUUAUGCUUUAUGAAAUAGAGCUCAGGCUGAGUCCAGGUGUUGUCCAGUGCUUAAUGACUGUAUUUGUUUUUUUUUUUUUUUUUUGAGGCUGGGAAGUUCCAUUGAAACCAUCUGGUACUGUAAUGAAUUUUAUGUCAAUCAUGAAAAUACUGCUUUGUGUGAAAUGUGACCAUUAUAUAUAGAAAUAAUCCUUGAAAGUGAAGUCUCAUUGAAAUUGUCCAAUAUGGUAUCCAUGGAUAGCUUUUAAUAAAAUCAUG